ACAACUCAGGAUGACAAAAACCUGCAAUCCUGCAGAUAAUGAAUUUUCACCAUUUCACAUCCUCUCAAUUUUAACAAUUAUAGGCACUGAAUGCAUCAUUGGUAUCGUUGCAAAUGGGUUCAUCAUGGCUAUAAAUACAGCUGAAUGGAUUAAAAAUAAGGCAGUUUCCAAAAGCAGGAUCCUGUUUUUCUUGAGUGUAUCCAGAAUACCUCUCCAAAGCUUCAUGAUGAUAAAAAUUACCUUCAGCUCAACAUCCCCACAUUUUUAUAAUGAAGAUGUUAUAUAUGGUACAUUCAAAGUAACUUUCAUGUUCUUAAAUCAUUGUAGCCUCUGGUUUGCUGCCUGGCUCAGCUUCUACUUCGUGAAGAUCGCUGAUUUCUCCCACCCCCUUUUCCUCAAGCUGAAGUAGAGAAUUUCCGGGACGGAUGCCCUGGCUCUGUGACUAUCAAUGUUUAUUUCCUUAGGCUACAGUGUGCUCUUCUCCAAUGACAUCAACACCAUGUAUUGUAACAAUUCUUAUCCCUCUCCCAACUCCUCUAAGAAAAAAUACUUCACUCAGACCAAUGUGGUCAACCUGGUUCUUCUCUAUAACCUGGGGAUCUUCAUUCCUCCGAUCAUGCUCAUCUUUGCAGCCACCCUGCUGAUCAUCUCUCUCAAAAGACACACCCUACACAUGGAAAGCAAUGCCACUGGUCACAUGGGGACCAUCAAAGUUAGCAGCUACUUUCUCAUUCUCUACAUUUCCAAUGCAGUUGCUCUAUUUCUUUAUAUGUCCAAUAUCUGUGACGCCAACAGUUCCUGGAUUAUUUUGUGCAAAUUCAUCAUGGCUGCCUACCCUGCUGGUCACUCCAUUCUGCUGAUUCAGGACAACCCUGGGUUGAGAAGAGCUUGGAAGCAGCUUCAGCCUCAAGUUCAUCUUCACCUAAAAGAGAACCAGAAUACCACAAAACAAGCCCAACCAGCUCUGCCUCCCCCUUACCCAGACCCCUCUCCUCCCACCUCCUUUCUUCCCCAAACCUGA